AUGGCGCGUAGUAAUAAGCGGUACCAGAAGUUCUUAAUUGACGAGGCCGAGGCCAAAAGGCUCAAGGUCGAGUCCGGAGAUAAGAAGCCAGCUCAGGCGGCCUCCUCUGAAGACUCUGGUUACCACACCGACUCCUCCCGCAAUUCAGGGUCCUCUGCCGACCUGGAUUGCGCGGGGGAGCGGUUGUUUGGUAAACAAACCGCCAACAGACCGCUGCCAUCUUCACAGCUGCCCUUCUCAGCUCGGACCCAACAGCGCUUCGGCGCACACGACGAGAAACAGCAGUUGGCCUACCCAGAGCAGUCUUCCCGCGGCCUCUGGAUCUACGCUGACGGCAGCAACAUCAGCGUGAGUUACUACAACGCGCUGAAGAAGCUGCUGGGCAUGCGCAAGGACCAUCCUCUGCCUUCCGUCUUUUCCUUCUCGGUAUUCCGGGGCAUACUCGAGCGGGGACGAGAGGUUAAUGAGGGCGUGGUCGUGGGCUCCCGGACUGGUGCCAGUCAACACCGCCCCUCGUCCACCCCCAAGUACCUUCAGGAAGCCGAGGCGUGUGAUUACACCGCCAAGGUCCUCCAGCGGGUUCGCGCGAAUGAGGGCUCCUCGUUUGCGGGCUCCUCCGACGCCAACGGCAAAAUUGCCAUGAAGGAGCAGGGGGUGGACGAGACCGUGCAGCACCACAUGCGCAAGACCAUCCUCGACAAUCUCGGCACUCCCGGUGUCAUGAUCCUCGCGACAGGAGACGGCAACCUCGACGGGGACAUGCCUGGAGGCUUUCCCGCUGCCGUCCAGAGCGCCUUGGCCAACGGCUGGGUCGUGGAGGUGUACCACUUCGCCGAGUCCGCCCAUUCGAUCUGGCGAGAUUCGACUUUCCUGCAUAACCCAGAGUGGGACGGGCGUCUGACAUGCCACGCCUUGGAUGAUUUCCUGCAUGACAUGGACGCGAGGAAGCAGGGCAUCACCCCCAGCUCCGAGGCCCCUCGCUCCCAGAAGCGAGGCCGGCGCGAGAGCAAGCCCUCCAUGCCUUGUUGGACUUCCCAAAAGGCAGCCUGUGUCGCUCCUCCUCCUCCGGCCAUCGUCUCUCAUCCGGCACCUACUCUCCGACCCAGUCCUCCGCCGGAAGUGGCAUCAACAAAGGCAGAGGAGACCAAAGCGGCAGAGGUAGCAGCUUCCCUCUCGCAGCAGCUCAAACCGGAGAUGCUCACCGCGCUCAGCCGAGCCCUCAUCAAAUCCGUCGCCUCGCAGAAUCAGGCCCUACCCUCAGAUGUCUCGACUCCUCCGGCCGCAGUUGGUGCCUUCGCCGCCGGUCCCAUGGGCUAUUUCGGUGCCCAGGCUCCGUCUCCGCCAACUCUCACCCCUGCCUUCACUCCUGCCUACCCCUUACAGUAUCCUCAAGCGUCCUCUUACUCGGCAAGCUUGGGCAAGUAUUCGUACAAUACUGUUUGGGGUAAUCAGCCUAGUAAUUACAACGGCUACUCUCGCUGA